AAAAAGUGAGAGAAAGAGAGAUGGAUAUGGAGAUAGGAUCACAACACUUUGGGCACCAACAUCCGGUGGUGUUCAAAGAUGUGUUGAGUGAUCAAACUAAAGAAGCUAUUUGCUUAAGGUGCGGGGAGAUGGUGUUCGGUUCAAGCUUUAGUUGCAUGGAAUGCGAGUUUUACCUUCACAAGAAAUGUGCUGAGGCACCUUCGAAGAUUGAUCACCCUUUUCAUCGUAACCACCCUCUGGUUCUCUUACCGGAGCCAUCAUACAAGGGAUGCCUCUGCCAUUUUUGCGGCAAAACUUGUGAGAAGUCUGUUUAUCAUUGUUCUUGUAAAUUAGACUUCCAUAUCAAAUGUGCUUUAUUUCCCCUUAACAUGGCUGAAAAGAAACUUGAAGAGCUUAAACACAUAACUAUCAAAGUUCCAUUGCUCUUCACUGAAGAUGAUAAUAAGGAACUUGAAAAGCUUGACUGUUUUAUGUGUUGGGAGCCAUUAUUAGAAUCUAUGUACUUUUCUCUUGAUUGCGGGUUCAACCUACAUAAGAAAUGUGUUGAAUUGCCUCAUGAAAUCAAGUACCCUUUUCACAAGAGACAUCCUUUGAUUUUGCAGUUUAAUGUUGAUCAUUUCUCUUGCAAAAUAUGUCUCCAAAAGCCAUCUGGAAAGGGAUUUGUCUAUUCUUGUUCACCUUGUAGAUUUGCCGUUCAUAUCAAAUGCGCAGAGUUUCCUCCUAUACUCAAUCUCCCAUGCCACCGUAACCAUCCACUUUUUCUACAUGUCAAAAGGGAAGGUCGCUCUUGCCACGCAUGUAGAGAAAAUCCUUCUUUUAUGACAUGCGAAGAAACCCAACAAAAUAAGUUUUAUCGUUGUUCAUCUUGCACCUUCGGCCUUCAUUUAGAGUGUGCUUUACCACCUCUCACCAUUAAAGAACAAAUUCAUAAGCACCCUUUCUCUUUGUUUUGGAGACAAGUCUCAUUCAUUUGUGAUGCAUGUGGUCUCGAGGGAAAGUUUGUUUCCUAUAUAUGUUCUACAUGCAACCUUUUAGUCCAUAAAAAAUGCAUUUCCCUACCACCCAUAAUCAGAAUCCCACGACAUAAACACCCAAUUUUUCACAAAUAUUUUCUUCAAGGUCAUCAAUUUAAGGAUUGUGAUUGUAGACUUUGUGAUUGUCGGGUGGAAAUAGAGUAUGGGAGUUACUCUUGCUUCAAUUGCAAGUUUGUCGUCCAUGUGAAAUGUGCUUUAGAGAAAAAGGGUUGGUACAAGGAAGUUGACCCAAAAGAUAUAGAUAGGAAGUUGGCAAUAGUUCCCAAAAUGUCUACUAACCCCAUCGAUUGUGUCAUUGAGAAAAAUGACGAUGGAGAAAUGACAAAAAUAAAACAUUUCAGCCAUAAGCAUAAUCUAAUAUUAAGCAAAAACCUCAUUGAGGAACAUUGUGAUGGGGCCAGUCUCAUGGAUAAAUAUUGUGAUGGGUGUGUGCUACCCAUCUCGAAUCCAUUUUAUUAUUGCUCAGAAUGUGAUUUCCUUCUCCACAAAUCUUGUGCUAAAUCGCCUAAGCAGGAACAGUUGUGGUUUCAUAUAUGUCAAAGGUUCCUCAUCCUUCUUGUGGGCUGCAUUUUCAGAUGUGACCUUUGUCAAAGUGAGAGCAACGGCUUUUCCUAUAUGUGCAAGAAAUGUGAUGUUCAUUAUUGCCUUUAUUGUGCAACAAGGAACUACAGAAUCAAGCAUCAAGCGCAUAAGCACCGACUUUUCUUUGAUCGUAAUCAUAAAGGACGAUGCUCUGCUUGCAAUGUUUCUGUACGUGGUCUCUUCAAAUGUAAGAGUUGUGGCGCUUUCAAUUUACAUGUCGAUUGUUUAAGACUACCACUCACAGCUUGGCAUAAGUGUGACGAACAUCGACUUGCACUCACUUAUAAAGAGGUUAAUAAGUACUCAGAAUAUCAAUUCUGUGACAUUUGUGAAAAAAAAAGAGACUCAAGGAAGUGGUUUUAUCAUUGUGCAACUUGUGAUAUUUCAGCUCAUUCUUAUUGUGCUCUCGGAAGGUAUCCAUUUAUCAAACCAGGAAGCAUUUACAAUGAAUUAAAGGAUCACCCACAUCCUCUAACUUUUGCAAGGAAGAUUUUUUCUGGUCCUAGAUGCCACAAAUGUUUUCAACCAUGUCGAGAUUUGGUUCUUGAAUGUGCAGAUUCUUCAUGUGAUUAUGUUGUGCAUUGGGACUGUGUAAAGCCCGCUUACCUUCGUAGCGAAAAAACUGCACGUCCUAAAACUGAAACAGGUGAAAUCGUUGAAGAUACCUCGGAAGGCUCGUCUUGCAUAAUCUUGUGAAGAAGAAGAAGAAGAAGAAGAAGAAGAAGAAGAAGAAGAAGAAGAAGAAGAUUUAUAAUGUUUAUUAAAUGUCAUAAUUAUUGUAAUGCAUAUAUUGUGUGUCCAUUCGUGGAUUCAUACAAUUUAUUAAUAAUGCCUGUGGGGAAGU